AUGCUAAGAAAAACAUUUCUUAUCUGGAGCUCUGUAACGGUGGCCUUGCAGAUGCCACUGCCCCGGAAGCUCUGGUGCUGUCCAGCCACCGUCGACCCCACCGUGUUCUUCAACGUCACCGUGGAUGGCAAGCCCUUGGGCCAUGUCUCCUUUGAGCCGGUUGCAGACAAAGUUCCAAAGACAGCAGAAAACUUUCGUGCUCGGAGCAAUGGGGAGAAAGGAUUUGGUGAUAAAGGUUCCUGCUUUCGCAGGAUUAUUUGGGAAUUUCUGUGCCAGGACUGUGCCAGCACAUGCCAUAAUGGCACUGGUGGCCAGUCCAUCUAUGGGGAGAAAUCUGACGAUGAGAAUUUCAUCCUGAAGCACACGGGUCCUGACAUCUUGUCCAUGGCACACGCUGGACCCAACACAAAUGCUUCCCAGGUUUUCAUCCCCACUGCCAAGACUGAGUGGUUGGAUGGCAAGCAUGUGGCCUCUGGCAAGGUGAAAGAGGGAAGGAAUAUUGCAGAAGCCGUGGAGGGCUUUGGCUCCAGGAAUGCCAAGGCCAACAGGAAGACCACUAUUGCUGACCAACACUUGACUUGUGUUUUAUCUUAA